AUGGCGCCAACAUAUGUUCAAAACACUUCUUAUCAGCUGUCCACUAUUUCACCGGAAGAACUUCAAGAUACCGUGAUCAAUAUACUGGACAUUGUCUUUACUUGCGGCCUGUUUCAUUUGCUUAACGUUUCCGGCGUAGUGACCAACCUCUUGAACAUCCUGAUCUUGACCAAGUAUGGCCUGCACGAGACGACAUCCCUGAUUCUGUUUUCUUUUUCCCUGAGUGACCUAUUUUGUUCUCUGCUACAGCCGAUAAGAAGACUGCAUUGCAUUGUGUCUCGGUUUGAUCCGUUUCUGGCCAUCAGCAUUCAAUCCUUUACCGCCGUUUACUUAUUUUCAUUGCCAGACAUCUUCCUCUGCACAAGCAUUUUGCACACGACUCUCAUAGCUGUGGAGAGAUUUGUCGCGGUGUGCUUUCCCUUGAAGAUGUCGUGGAUUUUUACGACAUACCGCGUCAAGUGGUUGCUGUUCUUUGUCUACCUCUACGUGAUUGCACUCAUGGCGCCGACACUGUUUUUGGUUGAAGUAUCUUGGACAGUUGACCACAACACAAACAAGACCAUUGCAGUGCUGGUUCUGAGUAAGUUUUACAAAAUUAAUUUGGACAGAUUGAACCAGUAUUUGUAUUUAGGGCUGCCCCAUCUGUUGAGCACCUCUAACUUGGGAGUGACCAUCGUCUGCUCCAUCGUCAUUGGAUACAAGAUUACUGUAAGGCGCAAGACUACAUUGUCUCAGCUGACUCCCUGUGUGUCUAAGAAGGUCAAGGAUGUGAAAGUUAUCAAAAUGCUGCUGACCGUCUGUGUGGUCAACUGUUGCGUUUCUUUCCCUACAGUGGCAAUAGACCUGUUUAUUUACUAUUCAAACACGUUCAUUCAAUCGUCAGGGAAACUUUACUUACUUUUACGUGGCUUCUUUCUAGUUGUCUGCCAGCUGAAGGUUAGCGUCAACUUCUUCAUCUACAUAUUCAUGAGCUCCAAAUUUACAUCAACACUCAACCAACUUUGCCAUUGUUGGAAUCAAACAAGAUAA